AUGGGCUUCCUCUCAGAAACUCUCCAGCACUACAAGCCAUCCAAGGAAGAAGCCGUCUAUUCAUCCCUCCAGGACUCCGAAUCCGACCUCCUCCCUUCCUCCAAACAGCAAACACACCCUCGCUCAACCCCCCGCGCAAAACUCUACUCCUUCCUCGCCGGUCUGCUCGCCGCCCUCGCCAUAACACUCAUCUCCCUUGGCAUUCUGCACAUACUGACCCCAGUUCCCAAAACCGCCGCACAGAUCGAAGCCGAGGAAUGGAACUACUGCGGCCGAAGCAGCGUCGUAGCCAAAGCGCGAGGCUGCGUAAUGGAGCCCCUAUUCUACGGCUGGAUGCCUCCACAAUGCGCAUGGAAAGACUUCAGCGACCAGUGGCCCGUAUUCGAAGACCGGAAAUGGUACAUCGACGUGAACAUGACUAUGGAGAUUCCGCCUCAGGAUCUUUGGAACGGGAAACAUGUUAUGAUAUAUACCAGCAAAUAUCAUGGCGAACAUUGCUUGUUUCAGUGGAGGAAGCUGCAGUUUGCUCUUGAUCAGAAGAGGGAGUUCUUGGAUAAUAAGACGAUAAGCGCGCAUCAUACGGGGCAUUGUGCGGACCAGCUGACGGCCGGUUGUGAGGGCCCGGGGGAUUGGAGCGAGGUUGAGUUGGGGUUCUACCGUUGUAGGAAGACGAUCUGGUAA